AUGUUUAAUCCUCCACAGAAUUUUUCAACAAUACUUUCAAAGCCUACGUUUUUACCAAAUACGUUAAAUAUCACAAGAAAACCAGAUCUCAUACCUGGAGUACCUGAUGGUAUAUUAGCAUUGAUAGCACCUAUAGUGGCAUAUUGGACAUAUUCUACAUUCUUUCAUAUAAUAGACGUUUAUGAACUAGCUGAAAAAUAUAGAAUUCAUCCUAGUGAGGAAGAAUUGAAAAGAAAUAAAGUAACUUUAAAAGAAGUAAUACAAGAUGUUGUAAUACAACAUAUUAUUCAAACCAUAGUUGGACUAAUAGUAUAUUAUUUUGAUUCAGUUCCUGUAACUGGUCAUGAAACCUAUAUAAUGUGGCAAUUAAAACAUAAUUAUUUACCAAAUGUACCUGAUUCAAUAAUAUAUUAUGGAUAUAUGUAUGGAUGGUCAUUUUUAAGAUUAUGUAUUGCUAUUACAAUAAUUGAUACUUGGCAAUAUUGGUUUCAUCGUUUUAUGCAUGUGAAUAAAACUUUAUAUAGAAAAUUCCAUUCACGUCAUCAUAGAUUAUAUGUUCCAUAUGCAUUUGGUGCAUUAUAUAAUGAUCCAAUUGAAGGAUUUCUUUUGGAUACUUUAGGAACAGGUGUAGCUUCUUUGACAACUGGUUUAAGUCAUAGAGAAUCAAUUAUAUUAUAUACUUUUGCAACUUUAAAAACAGUUGAUGAUCAUUGUGGUUAUAAAUUACCUUAUGAUUUUUUUCAAUGGUUAUUUCCAAAUAAUUCAGUAUAUCAUGAUUUACAUCAUCAACCUUGGGGUAUUAAAUCUAAUUUUUCACAACCAUUUUUCACUAUAUGGGAUAAAGUUUCAGGUACUCAAUAUCAAUUUAUGGAAAAUUUUAAAGAAUUACAAACUAAAAUUACUUUGGAGAAAUAUAAAGAAUUUUUAGAAAGAAAAUCAAGGAAAGGACCAACAACCAAAAAGGAAAAAGAAAAUUAUGAAGAAGAGCUCAAACUAGAGCAAGAAUUGAAUUCUGAGUUGUUCACGUUAACAUAUGGAUCAUUAGUUUCUCAAUUAUGUCGAGAUUUUCAAAAUAAUUAUCAAGAAGUCAAUACCCAACUAGAUAAAAUGGGUUAUAAUAUAGGUUUAAGAUUAAUUGAAGAAUUUCUAGCGAAAACAGGGAUACGUAGGUGUUCAAAUUUUAAAGAAACAGCAGAUAUAAUUUCCAAACUUGGAUUUAAAUUAUUUUUAAAUAUACAACCGCAAGUAGAAAAUUGGUCAAAUGAUAAUAAAUGUUUUUCAUUAGUGAUUCCUGAACCUAAUCCAUUGACGGAAUUUGUUGAAUUGCCCGAAACUGCAAAGGAAUUAUGGUAUAGUCAAGUUUUAUGUGGUGUUUUAAGAGGAGCGUUACAAAUGGUUCAACUUGAUUGUGACGUAUAUUUUGUGAAAGAUGUAUUGAAAGGAGAUGACAAAACUGAAAUGAAGUUGAAAUUAAACAAGGUAUUGAAAGAUGAAGUUCCAGUGUAG